GUGUAUAUAAGAGAGAUCUGGACAGGAGAUUCUUCAGUUACAGUUCGUGAUCAGAGCAUCACACUGAAAGCGAAAGAUCUCAGCCAUAUAGGAUACAAAUUACCCCACAAGGUGAUCAAACGUAAUAAUGAGAGGCAUAGCCUUGCUGAUAGCUGCCAUAGCCCAAACUUCAGUCUUGGGCAAAAGUGUUUUUCCCAUUCCAGAUCCCUAUAGAUGGGACGAAUCAUUCACUGUAGAGCUGCCAAGAAUUGAUGAUGAGCACAGGGGACUUUUCAAUGCCCUUCUUCUUAUUGAACGAAAAAAUACAGAAGAGAAUCUCCAAGACGCCAUUGUGAAGUACAGAGAUCAUUUCAAAUAUGAAGAGGGACAAUUUUCCCAGACAAUGGACAAUGAUUACAAUAAAGAACAUAAGAAAAAGCAUGCCAAACUGAUGGAUCGCAUGGAGGAUUGGAAUGCCCCUGUCCCUUCAGCUGAGCUAGCUUGGGCAAAGGAUUGGCUUGUUCAGCACAUCAAGAACACAGAUUUUGACUACAUAGGAAACAUGCCUCAUCGUGUUCCAAAUCCAUAUCACUGGGAUGAUAGUUUUGAAGUCUUCUAUGCUAGACUUGAUGAUGAACACAAACAACUUUUUGAUGCCAUCAGAGAAGUUGCAAAUCACCCAGAGAGUACUGAGGCUCUAUCAGACCUUUUGUUCAAAAUGAGAGCUCACUUUGAUUAUGAACAAGACUUUUUCUGUGAUUCAGACACCUAUCAAGAUUGUGAAUCUCACAAAGACAAGCAUGAAACAUUUUAUAAGAAACUUUAUAGCUUCAAAGUUCCAGUUCCAAAAAGUCAUGCAGAUUGGGCAAAGAAUUGGCUUGUUCAGCAUAUAAAGAACACAGAUUUUCAAUACAAACACAAGUUAAAUACGUACCAGCAUGAUGUACCCAGACCAUACAUUUGGGAUAAAUCCUUUGAGGUUUACUACAAACAACUUGAUGAUGAACAUGUUGGACUCUUUGAUGCCAUCAGAGAAUGCGUUGAUAGUCCUGAUGAUGCAGAGAAGUUUGAAAAUCUUAAAAAUCUUAUGAAAGAACAUUUUGAUUAUGAAGAGGCUGAGUUCAGUAAGAUCCCUGACUUUGAUUCAUAUGCAGCAGAUCAUAUUCAAAAGCACGCUGACUUCAUGGAGAAACUUAAUUCUGCAUCUGUUCCCCUUGAUUGUGAUUUUGUCAACUAUAUUCAGAAUUGGCUUGCUCAACAUAUCAAAAAUACUGACUUUGGCUACAAGAGUAAAAUGGUUCAUGAUAUUCCUGAACCCUACACUUGGGAUGAAAGCUUUAUGACCUUCUACAAACAGCUAGAUGAUGAACACAAAGGACUGUUUGAUUGCAUCAGGGAAUGUGGAGAAGAUCCAAACAACCAAGAAAAAUACUCAAAUUGUAAAAGUCUGUUGAGACGUCAUUUUGACUAUGAAGAGUCUGAAUUUUGCAAAGUUCUUGACUAUGACUGUCAUGGACACUACCUCAAGCAUUUUAAUUUCCAAACCAAAUUCCAAUCUGCUAAGCUACCUCUUGAUAAGAACAUGAUUAGCUUUGCAAAGAACUGGCUAGCUCAACAUAUCAAGAACACUGAUCAUGCUUACAGAGGAAAGAUGAACUUGAGAAGACACUUUACAGUCCCUAAUCCUUAUGUUUGGGAUAACUCAUUCACUGUUGAUAUUGAACAAAUGGAUAAGGAGCAUGUGGGGCUCUUUGAUAGUAUUAGAGCUGUAGAGGCUCAGCCUGAGGACCAAGCAGUUUGGGAUAAUUUGAAUAAACUGUUCAAUGAACAUUUUGCUGAAGAGGAAAAUUUGUUUUCCCAGAUUCAGGAUCAAAAACAUGAUAUUGCUGAUCACAAACAGAGGCAUUUGGGUCUUAUGAGCACCAUUCAAGGAACAACUGUUCCUGUUAGUAAGGAGAUGACAGAAUUUAUCAAGAACUGGCUAGUUCAACACAUUAAGAAUACUGAUUUCUCAUACAAGGGGAAAAUGCCAAAAGUUCAUCCUAUCCCUGAACCCUUUGAGUGGGAUGCAUCAUUUGCUGUAUUUUAUCCGGAAAUGGAUGAUGAACACAAGCCUCUGUUUGAUUGCCUUGAAAAGCUUGAAUCUUCUCCAUCUGAUGACAGUGUACUUCAAACAUGUCUUGAAAAUUAUUCACAUCACUUUGAGCAUGAAGAAGAACUUCUGUCCAAGUCCAGUCUGUACCCUGCUGAAGAGUUGUAUCAACAUAAAAAUAAACACAAUGCAUUCCUCACUGUGUUAAAAGGGGUUUCAACUCCUGUCACACAAUCCUGGAUUGACUAUGCUAAGAAUUGGUUAACUCAACACAUCAAGAACACUGACUCAAGAUACAAGAACAAGAUGCCUCAUCCUGUGGCAGAUCCAUAUGUUUGGGAUGAGUCAUUUUUAGUCAACUACAAGCAACUUGAUGAUGAACAUGUUGAACUCUUCAAAGCCCUCCAAGAUUUGGCAGAUAAUCCUAAUGAUGUUGAUAUCCUGAACUAUAACAGAGAUGUAUUCCGUGAUCACUUUGACUAUGAAGAGGCUAAAUUUAUGGCUUGUGGAGUCCCUUGCAAUGCUGAAGAUCAUAAGAAAAAGCAUGAUAUCUUCUUCAAAACUUUGACAUGGGUAACCAACCCUGUUUCUAAAGAAUACCUGGAAUUUGCAAAGAACUGGCUUGCUCAACACAUCAAGAAUACAGACUUUCUUUAUAAAUACAAGUUACCUUCCGAUCACAAAGUCCCAAAUCCUUAUGAUUGGAACAGUGACUUUGAAGUAUUUUAUGAGAAGCUCGAUGAAGAACAUAAGGGACUAUUCACUGCUAUGAGAGAAGUUGAGGAAGAUUUAUUCAGCCAAAACAAAGUUGAUGAACUCAAAGACCUUUUGAGAGAUCAUUUUGUGUAUGAAGAAGGACAGAUCUGUGACUCCAAAGAUAUUGACUGGGAGUACUGCAAAGAGCACAAGAAGAAGCAUGUUCUCUUUAGUGAAAAGCUGGCCAAGAUGGACGCACCAGUGGAUGAAGCUGAAAUUAAAUGGGCUCAAAAUUGGCUGGUUCAACAUAUCAGAAACACUGAUUUUGGAUACAAAGGAAAACUUUCUCAUCCAAUUCCGGAGCCUUAUGUUUGGGAUUCUUCUUUUGCAACCAACUAUCAGAAACUAGAUGAUGAACAUGAUGUACUGUUCCAGAACAUUCUUGCUGUUUCCCAGAAACCUGAUGAUGCUGCUACCCUUGAAAACCUGAAAAAUCUCCUCAAAAACCAUUUUGAAUAUGAAGAGGGCAAGUUCUGUGCUGUUCCUAACUUCAACUGUGUAGACCAUAAGAUGAAACAUUAUAAAUUCUUUGUAGUAUUUGAACAGCAACAGGUUCCUGUUGGAUGUGAAGAGAUUAACUUUGCCAAGAACUGGUUGGCUCAACACAUCAAGAAUACUGAUCAUCAAUAUAAGAACCGUCUUUAAAUCUACAUAAUCUUGGCAAUGUUUGGACAAUGAUAUUAUAAUUUAAACUGUUAGUAAUGGAAAUGUUUAUAAUGUUUUAAAAUAAAUACUACUGCAUCACAA